AUGAAGCCUCUCGUGCUCGCCGCCUGGUCGGCUCUCUACAGCAAUCCCGUGGUCCACGACGCCAGCAACGACGUCACAUACCACGGUCUCAACCGCAACGGCAUCGAGGUCUUUCUCAAUAUCCCCUACGGCCAGGACACGGGCGGCGAGAACCGGUUUCGACCGCCGCGUCCGUACAUGUCGCCACGCGGGAGCAUCAUCAACGCCACUGCCUAUGGCCCGGCAUGUCCGCAGGCCCUAGGCCCCUGGGUGCCCCCGAUAUCGUUGACCAACAUCACCAAGGUAUCCGAGGAUUGUUUGAACCUGAACAUUGCGCGGCCCAUGGGCAAGCAUGUCGAGGGCAAAAAGUUGCCCGUGCUGGUGUACAUCCACGGCGGGAGCUUCUGGGCCGGCAGCAACGAGGAGAUUACCAUCCGACCGGACGGCAUGAUCCUCGAGAGCGUGAGGAACGGCUUGCCCGUGAUUCAUGUGGCCAUGAACUACCGCUUCGGCUUCUUUGGAUUCGCACGGUCCGGUGCCCUUAAAGAGGAAGGAUCCGAGAAUGCCGGCUUGAAAGAUCAACGCCUCGCGCUCGAAUGGGUUCGGGACAACAUUGCGCAGUUUGGCGGCGAUCCCAACCGCGUCACCAUCUUUGGCCAGUCCUCUGGCGGCCUCUCCGUUGGCAUGCACAUCAUGGCCUACGGCGGCUCCAAGCCGGCGCCGUUCCACCAAGCCAUUGCUGAGAGCCAGGCCCUCGAGCCCGGCAUCACGGGCAACUUCACCACCAACGCCAUGCAAGCCCUCGUCGACCACGUCGGCUGCAACAAGGCGCCCCUCGAUUCCAGCGAAACCAUCCAGUGCCUCCGCAGCUUCGACACGGCCAAGGUGCUCGACGCCUCCCUGGCGACGUACCAGUCGGACACGGCGCACAACAUCGGCGACAUCUGGCUGCCCUCCGUCGACGGCGACUUCUUGCCCGCCGCGCCCUCGCAGCUCAUCAGGGAGCGCCGCUUCUCCAACGUGACCACCAUGAUGGGCUGGUGCGAAGACGACGUCACCUUCUUCACCGACGCAAGCAUCACCACGGACCAGGACACGCACAACUUCCUCCGGGCCUACGUCCCCGGCGUGUCAGCGGACAACAUCGGCAAGCUCAUGGGCUUGUAUCCCGCGUCUGAAUUCCCCGCCGACCCAGCCUCCAACGCUUCGAGCGAGUUCUACCGCUCGGCCAGGAUAUUCAGAGACAUCGUCAUGACGUGCCAGCCGCUCGGGUACGCGGAGCAAAUCGCCGCCGCCGGCAACACGGUCUACCUGUACCACUGGAACCAGACCAUCCUCGACCCCUUCCUGAGCCAGGUCGUACACCGGCCCGGCAUGGGCGUCAUCCACACCUCCGAGUUUGCCUACAUCUUCGGCAACCUCUCGCACUACGACACGGGCGACUACGACUUCUGCCCCAGCCGGUCCGACUACCACCUCAAGCGCCGGGGCUCCCGCUCGUGGUCCACGUAUGCCAGCACCGGCAAGCCCAGCCUCGAGCGGCAUCACACCCUCCAAGGCUUCAGGCCCGCCUUUACGCAAGACGGCCAAGUCAAAGUCUUUGUGGUGGGCGGUCCGCACGAGGGCCUCACGAGCAUUGACGGGCAUGAGGCCCUGCCCGCCCUGGCGCAGCAGAAGCUGCGGCAGAGAUGCGCCUUUAUCAACUCGCCAGACAUGGUUCAACAGUUGGGCUAUUAA